CCAAGCAUGCCAUUGCUCUCUCUCUCUCUCUCUCUCUCUCUCUUUCUGUGACAGUCUGAUUUGUGCCAUUUCAAAAACUUUCAAAAAGCUCAGGCCUUUGACUGUUUUGUAGCUAGCCAAUCUGCUCUGUAUUUAUUUAUUUAUUUAUUUAUUUAUUUAUGUUUUAUUUACUGAGUCAUUGAUUCAUAACAUCAAACAGCGAUUUCUCAACCAGUUCUAGUACUGAUGUCUGCUGCUGACCAAGGUCCACAUUAAAGCAAAAAACAGUGGUAGCUAGCUAGCAUUAGCAAGCUAAUCAGUUGUUCCUCCAAUCCGUUCCAUGCCUGAUGCCUGAUGCCUGAUGCCUGAUGCCUGAUGCCACCUUCGGCUUUCGCUGCAAACAAACGGCCAACCUCUUCAUUUCAUUGCAUUCAAAAUAUAAAACAAAACAAAAGAAUGGAAAACAUGCGUCCUUCAAUGCACCACUUCUUCCCCUCUUCCUCUUCUUCUUCAUCUCUUCUCUUUUGAAUAAUCAAACUACUACAAUACACCAAAAUGCUCUCUUAAACUCACCCUCGGUUACUCCAUCUCUUAUCUCUCUCCUUAGGUGGUCUCAGAGAUGUGCUUGUGAAGAAACGCAGAAAUAAUAGAGAAAGAAAGAGGGGAAAAUAUUGUAUUUUUUUCCUCUCUCUCUCUCUCUCUCUCUCUCUCUCUCUCUCUCCCGUUGUUCGUGGAUCGAGAGUUUUGCUUCCUUUUGUACCAAAUCCCCUUCUUUCCCUCUCCUCUCACUUUCUCUCACGUGUACACUCUCUUCUUCUUCUUCUUUUCAAACACUUUGAGCUGCAUUUUCUUGAAGGUUGUGAUUCGUAGACAAAGGUCAUGGGAUCCAGUUCCAGCAAGGAUGUGGCCGCCGGCGGGGCACAUUCAUCAUCGUCCGGCGGCGGAGGUCGGGAACCAAGGUCGAAAGGUGUUAGAGUGGUGUUCGGUUCUUCUUGUUUUGGUACCCCGUCCACCCUUCACGAUGAUCAGGAGGACUUGAGUUCUGCAAUCUGUGUUUCUUGCUUCCAGAUCGAAGAAGAGGAUGUUAGGUCGAAAGGCACUGCAUGUACAGAGGUAGUUGCAACAAAAUCUAACCCAGAAGGCAGCAAUGGCUGCAUAGCUUUUAGAGUUCCUAGAGCAAAUAAGAUCUCUACUGAAAAUGAUGGGGGGAGUCAAGAAGGUAUUGUGGAAACUGAUUCUGGUGCCAGUGGCAGUUCCACUAAUGAAGGAUCCCUUUGCCAGUCAUCAUCAAACAACUCAAGCCAUUCUCGCACUCCCUUUGGUUUCAGGCUAAGCAGAACCGCAAGUUUGGGGUCAUCACAGGCCCACUCUGCUGUUUCAGCUAGCCUCUCAUUCUCUAACACUGACAGGGGGGUUGACCGUGCCCAUAUGGACCUUGAUGGUUCUGAAGAGAACAGCGAUGAAACACCUGGAAAUGUUGUUUUUGAGAAUGUUGUUCAUAGUUUAGACAGCAACAAUACAAGCCUUGAAUCUAGAAGUGCCUUUUCUGAUAGAGAUCAAGUGGAAGCAGUGAAUAUAAGGAUCGGCCGCUCUUCUAGGCGUUCUGGACCUCAAGAGCCCUUUGAGGGGAGUGUUAGGUUCAGUAGAACACUCAGUGUUGGGAGGCUUCGUGACAGGGUUCUUCGGAGGACUUCAAAUUCUGAGGGAUUAUUUGGUUCAAUGCCACUAGAAGAUAGGUCCUCAGGACAUAGUGGUAGAAGAGUAACAGGAGGUAGGACAAGGUCACCAUCUUCAUCUGGAAGGAGUGACCUGCCAACUUUAUCUAGUAACCAUUCCUACACUAUAGGAAGUUCUGUGGACCAUGUCCGUGAUUAUGAUUCUGAAAACCCACAGAUGAGAGAAGCAAGUAAUCGAGAUUGGUUGGAACACCGGUCAGCAUUCCUUGAAAGGAGAAGGAGAAUAAGAUCACAGGUUCGUGCCCUCCAGAGAAUGGGUAGUCGAUUUGAGAACUUUCCUGGACAUGAUAGAUCAUGUAUUUUGUCUGGUCAGCAUCGGACAGGUCGUUGCACAUGCAGGACAAGCAAUCAUGCUGCCAAUCCUGAUGAUGAUACUCGCACACGGGCCAGCAUUUCAAGAAUCGUUAUGUUGGCAGAAGCACUUUUUGAGGUUUUGGAUGAGAUCCACCAGCAAUCUGUAGCCCUGUCAUCCCGCCCUUCUGUCUCUUCAGUUGGCUCUAUUCCUGCACCAAAGGAUGUUGUUGAAUGUAUGCCAGUGCGAAUAUACACAAGGCCACACAAGUACACAAACGAGGAUGCUGCUCAAUGUUAUAUUUGCCUCAUGGAGUAUGAAGAAGGAGAUUGCAUGAGAAUACUUCCCUGUCAGCAUGAGUUUCAUCAAACAUGUAUAGACAAAUGGUUGAAAGAGAUUCACAGUUUUCCACUCCUCACAGGGUAUGCCCACUUUGUCGUGGGGAUGUUUGCAGAUCAGAAGUGUCUUCUGUUGGAAAAACUUGUUAGUUGACCCAGAUUUUUAUGUGGGUUUGUGCCAAUGUCAUUCAUCUGCAGCCAAAGGUCGUAGUCUCUGUUUGAAUAACCAAAUGUUUUGCUAUUCUGUUUUAUUUGGAAGAAGUGUCUUUCUUCAUUGAUAUUACAUGAUGAACUGGCACGGGACAUGCUGCUGCCAUUCUCUUGAACUUAAAAGAGUCAUUUCCCUUGGAUGUAAUUCCACAAGUGAGGGAGCAGUUGAACAGUGUUGUAGGCUGAUGAGAUGAAGUUAAAUAGAGAACACAUGUAACUGAUGAAUGAGGAGGCCAUAAUACCUCAAGUCUAGUCUACCCUAAUUGCCAGCAAUAUGCUUCCUAUUUCCUGUUUCCUGUUUCCUGUUUCCUGUUUCCUCCGUUCAUCAGCAUCUCGUUAUUAUCAUUAUUUAUUUUAUUUUUCUAUGUUUAUAUCUACCGCAUUCUGAUUCUGAUUAAAUUGGUGCAAGUU